ACAACAUUCUAGCUCUUCUCUUUUCUCCAUCCAGGUCCCACAGCGCGUAUCUUCUAUUCUACAGGAAACAGACAAGUGUGACAUCAGGUGGACGACAGACCUCAGCUCCUAUAUAUCACGGUUUAUUGAACCAAGGAGAAUCGAGUUACCUGAACAGUUUGCUGCAGGUGCUGUUCAUGACCAGAGAGUUCAGAGAAGCUGUGGACCGGUACAUCAUGACUCUUAGAGUCUUGCUUAGAGACUUACACAGACACACAGUCGACGCCUGUGACAUCAUAACCAAGCUGCUCACCACAGUGUUUGAGGAACAGGAAGCUGCUGAGGACGUCCAGAGGAUCUCAUUUCCCAACAUGCAUCAGGCUUCACAGUCCCAGACCAGAUGUUGUAAAUGUGAGACAGGGAGAAGCAGAGAAUCACCACUUUGGCAUCUUCCUCUCACACUGAUGGAUUCAAACAGUGAAGAAUAUAGUUUGGAGGACGGACUGAAGCAGUCUCUCACUGACCAGGUGUCCUGUGAACGGUGCUGUUCCACAAUUGAUGUCAUCACUAAAUGUGAGGUGAAGCAUCAUCCAGAGGUUUUAGUUCUGCUGCUGAAGAGGUUUGACUUUAACAAUAGUAACAUGACGUUUGUCAAAAACAACCGAGCAGUGAAGAUUACUCGCACUUUACAGAUCUCAGAGAAUCAGACGUAUGAGCUUUAUGCUGUCGUGGAUCAUGUGGGUGAACUCAAAGAUGGACGUCAUGCAGUGAUUGUGUCUCUUAAUGAUGGUCGAUGGUACAACUACCAUAAUAACACACACAUAUCGCCGUUCCAGCACAGUGACACUGAGACUUCCCAGACGGUUCAUCUUCUUUUCUACAGGAAACAAAGAACUGAUACUUUUAGUCAGGACAUCAGGGAGUUGUUCACUUGUGAAGGUGUCCUGCCUGCUACAAGUGACACCAACCAGAGUCCAUGUACUGAGACUAUGAGACAGAAAGAAGAGUUUAAAGAAGCUGUAGAAGAUGAUGAAGACGCUGCAGAAACUGGUUUUACUGGUGAAAAUGAAGAAACGCUAAUCAAAGUCUAUGUUGAGCCAGGGAAGCCUGAAGCUCAUGAGUGUAAUGUGGAGGAUCAGGACAGUGGAGCUGAUGUCAGACAACAUGAACCACACAUUGAGGAGGACAGAGAUGGAAACAAGCCAGGAAAUAAUGAGACACAAUGAUGAGAACGGGAGGAGAAACGGAGAAACUGACGACCUGACAGAUAAAACAGAGCAGAGGAUCAGGAUGAUGACGGUGUAGAUGACAAGACAACAUGUAAUCUGGAAUCAGAAAUCGGAUAUUUACCAGCUCCAAUGAGCGCGUCCCACCUGCAUGUCCCAUCCAAGUGUGUCCCUGCUGCAGCAGGAUGCCACAGCACAACACAGAGUGUAAAAACGUGGUCUGUCCUCGCUGUAAGUGGGAGUUUUGUUUUGUGUGUCUGAAGCUCACUGACGACUGUCUGAAUCUGAGGAUUGACCUUAAAUAUCAAACUAUAAAUAACAUUUAUAGUGAAGAAUUUGAGCCAUGUUAUAGACGUGUGGCUCCCAGACAGACGUCUAUACCUGUGUGGAGGAAUUCAUGAUGGCGCAGCAGCUAAAGUGAUGAGCUUCAGUUUUUCUUUGAAAUAUUGUUUCUUAAUAUUAACUGUGACUAAAUUCUUGGUUUAAACACACUGUCCUACAACAA